CUAUUAAUGAAGAGGUCAACUUGCUUGUAUCCAAUGAAACAAAGAAUUAUGACCAGUUUAGAAUUUAUAAAUAAGUUUGAAUGUAAUCGUAAGAAUAAAAUCCUUAAUAGGAGUCACUUUCUACAAUGCUGUGGUAAGUUUAUUCAAACGAUUAUAGCUGGAUGGAACGAAAGCGAAUGCUGUUCUGUGCAUUCUAUUCUUGACAACGUUAGUGAUAUAAUAAACAUUCUAAAAUAUAUUUUAACAUCAUUUCCAGGUUCCAAUCCAGAAAAGGAAAUGUAUGUUCGUACGUAUUAUCGUUUUAUUUAUUUAGAUUAUUGCUGGAAUUCUACAGAUCGUAAUUUUUGGUUAUCAAAAAUAUUAAAACCUUGGCCUCUUAAGCAUCAAGCAAAACUAUUAUUUUUACUAUAUGGCUUUGUACGUUCAGAUAAAAUUCAGUGGUUCGAAUUAUUAGAGAAUAUUCCUGAAGAUUAUUCUGAAGCUAGUAGAAAAUUAGCAGGUGUGCCUUACUUACAUCAUACAGCUAAUGCAACAAAAUAUUCUUGAAUGGAAUGAAAAUCAUAUUAUUUCUAUACUUGAAGAGUUUACUCGUAAUAUUAGAAAAAAAAU